AUGCCUCGCUUCCACUCCCUACCAGCCGAGGUUCAGAACUUGAUUCUCUAUUUUGUUGUUGAAUCUUCAACAGCUUCCUCUACGCCCCAAACAGCCUCGGCCCCUAUGAAAUCCAAUCUGGCUCCGUACGCCUGCGUCGAUAAGUUCUGGAACUCGUUUUUCGAGUCAAGAACAUUCAACAACCUCAUCAUCACACAAUACGACAUCCCCGCUUUCUCCCAAAUCCUAAGCCGUCAAAGACGCCUACUUCUCAAGCAUCUGUGGUUUCGCAUCCAGCUGCCAAACUAUUUAACCCCGCCGAUAAAACAGGACGAAAAAGCAAAUGUCCUCUGGGAUCUAGAUUCGGCUUUUACCAAGUCUAUUUCUGAACUCUGGGACGUCCUUUCGGUAUGGGACAGCACUAGACACAAGGGCAUGACCCUCGAACUUAGUGCUUUUUCGCCGAGUGACUGGAAUGGCUACUCUGUUUACAGAGCUGUUGAAAAAGAAAUAGGGAUGUAUAGGGAGCAUCUCAAAGCUGGAUCGACAGAGCAGUACGAAGCUGCCAGUGAUGUGCACAACCAGUAUAUCAACUGGCACAGUGCUAUUGGGGGUGUAAGGGGGCGCAGUGACUACUGGUUCGCGGCAGUCAACAACCUCUUCGGUUGGAAGCCGCUCGAACUUACCGAAGACGUUUACCAGCUGCCUCCAAUCUCAGUGGUGGCCAAGUUCCUUAUCCGAAGACAGCAGUAUCGGGAGAUCUAUCCCACUGCUCUGGAAACGAUGCUCCGCAGUCUAACAGCCGUCCAAGAUAUUCAAGUCGAACGCUGGCGCUGCGCAGAGUCCCGAGACGAAAAGAUGUGGUGCAAUGAGGCACGGAUUGCCUUUGGUAUGUCUCUACCAGGAUCGGUCAAGAGACUCAGUCUACACGGCGAGAUGAGCCAGGUGUUUCACAACUGGGAGCCCAAGGAGGCCACAGUUGUCAGCCUGGCCAAAACGCUGCGACAGUACACCAGGCAUCUGGAGCAUCUGUCUAUUUCGCAUCUCGUAGAUGCAAAGGAGUUUCUGCGUCCAUUCUACACUGACAAUGGGGUCAGAUUGUUACCCGACUGGGAGAACCUAAAGAGACUGUCUCUCACCUCGGACAUAUUUAGGACUGGCACAGAGAAGGACAUUACAGACCUUUUGUGCGCGGCCGCUCGUGCUGCCAGAAGGAUGCCCAACCUCGAGAUGCUUGAGCUAUGGAACGGCGACGAGGAGAGCGCCUGUAUCUUUUCUUACCGAGUGGAAGACAUGGUUGGCAAUAUCAAUUGGCGUGGAAUCCAUCUCCCAACACUCAGCCAUGAAGUAUCCAGAGCUUGGGGGCUUGCUUCUAUCAACAACAAUCGUCCAGACGUCAGAGAAUCAGCCAAGCCUUUCGAGACAGAGCGCAUUCUAUCUUCCAUGCAAAUGCUCAAGUACUUGAACAGCAAAGACCAGGCUCUGCAUCCCAUCUCAGCUUCGAGGGCAACCCAGAAGAGAAAGAGGAAUGAAUCGGAUGGUGAUAAGAUGAAGAACAUCAAAAAAGCGAGGAACUAUUAA